GUGAUGGGAAGAUUGCCAACUGGCUAAUGUUCAGUAGUGGACCGGCAGCUUAGUGGAUCUGCUGAGGUUUCUCCACCGGACUAUCUGUGGACCAAGCCCGUCUAUACGAUACUGCCGAUACACGAAGCAUAACGUUAUCUAUAUUAUCUGAAUAAAGUUGUUAUCUAUACGACUUAUCUAUCAACAGCCGACUACAGUCGCUGGCAAAACAUGCUUUAUGAAAUAGAUUGUUGCUGCUAUUAAAACUAUUGCAGCUGUGCAUCGAUUCCCAUAGCUGUUUCCGAUACUUGUUCGUUCGGCCAAAUUAUGUAAUUCGUUUCUGUUUUUCUUGGAGUAAUUGGAAGUUGCGCGGAUUUUAAAAGUUUGUGGCGGUUUCUCCCACCGGACGCGAACGCAGCAUCUGCCCGACGCCGACCCGGCUGCGUUUGAGCGGCAACAAACUUUUCCAAACCACUCCAGUCCCCGCGGUUUCUCUCCGUCUCUCUCUCUCCGUUUCAUUACAGUGUUCUAGUAUUAUUGUUGUAGUAGUGCUACCUGUGUCGUCGCUUCUACGUGACUACUGCUUCUAGGCGAAGGACUGUAACCUGAAAUGUUAAAGGUGAUUUAAAAAUACUAGGGUAUGGUAUCGCAGAUGCCACGCCCACCUAUAUAUGCCACGCCCACCUAUAUAUCCACAUGGCCAGCAGCCUAGAGCUGUUAAAUGCAUGUUGUGUCACAGUGGAAACGCAUCGCCCCAAGUGCCUAAAAACACAGUUAGAAUCACGUAUCACAACUAUUAAAAAAGCACUACAUUAAACAAAUAGUCUCUUUUCUUUAAACAUUGUCUUUUCAUGCCUGUUGACAGUGUGAAGUACAACUCUCUCCCGGGUCCUAAAGUUAACCGUCCCGUGGGUGUCUCUCCGCCCAGAACUCUGAGUGACAAUGGAAGCUGGCGCAGACUCACAGCAAAGUGAAACCACCGUGACGGAGGCUGAAGCCCAGCAGAUUGCUACCCUGGCACAGGCGUCCAUCGCGGCCGGCCAGGUCACCGCCACGGGGCCCACUGUCACACUGGUGCAGCUCCCCAACGGCCAGACGGUCCAGGUCCACGGGGUCAUCCAGGCCGCCCAGCCCUCCGUCAUCCAGUCGCCCCAGAUCCAGACGGUCCAGAUCUCGACGAUAGGGGAGAGCGAAGACUCCCAGGAGUCGGUGGACAGCGUGACAGAUUCACAGAAGAGACGAGAGAUUCUGUCUAGACGGCCGUCCUACAGGAAGAUCCUGAACGACCUGUCGUCCGACGCGCCGGCGGUCCCCAGGAUAGAGGAGGAGAAGUCUGAAGACGACACGGCGCCCGCCAUCACCACGGUCACCAUGCCGACGCCCAUCUACCAGACGAGCAGCGGGCAGUACAUCGCCAUCACCCAGGGAGGGGCCAUCCAGCUGGCCAACAACGGGACGGACGGACUGCAGACGCUCACCAUGAACACGGCCACGCAGCCCGGCACCACCAUCCUGCAGUACGCCCAGACCAGCGACGGCCAGCAGAUCCUGGUGCCUAGCAACCAGGUGGUGGUCCAAGCGGCGUCCGGAGACGUGCAGGCCUACCAGAUCCGCACGGCGUCCGCCAGCACCAUCCAGCCGGGCGUGGUCAUGGCCUCGUCCCCGUCCCUGCCGGCCUCGGGCGGCACGGAGGAGGUGACCCGCAAGAGGGAGGUGCGCCUCAUGAAGAACAGGGAGGCUGCCCGGGAGUGCCGCCGGAAGAAGAAGGAGUACGUCAAGUGUCUGGAGAACCGCGUGGCCGUGCUGGAGAACCAGAACAAGACGCUCAUCGAGGAGCUCAAGGCCCUCAAAGACUUGUACUGCCACAAAACAGAGUAG